UGUUAAGUGUUAACCAACAUAAGUUUGUUAAGUUUAUUAUAUAUUUGUUGUUAAAACAGAAUUUUUAUUGAAUUAUUUAUAUUUUUAUUAAAUUAACAACUAAGCUUUUAUUAAAUUAAUCACGCCUUAUCGAAUUAACAAAAAACCUUUUGUUAAUGUUCUGAGCAUAUAAUUAAAUACAAUUUAUUAUUUUAACAAUCAUAUGUUUGAUUUAAUAUUUAUUUUUUUUAAACCAAAUAAACGAAUUUAUUAAAUUAACAAAUUAUAUUGUUAAUUUAAAGUAACCGCAUUGUCAUCUAUAUUUGAAUUAUUACCAAUUUAAAAAUAGAUAUAAAUUACUGGAAAUCCCAUUUUUUUCAAAUGUUAACAAUCAAUUUAUUAAUUCAACAAAAGCUUCAUUAAAUUAAUAAUAUUUUUUUUCCGAGCGCAUGCGCCAGACUUCCUGACUUCGACAUUAUCGUACUUUGUUCAACAAUUGUAUACAGUAUAGUUUUUAUUUUUUACUUAUAUCGUGUGAUAACUGUGCGUUGUUUUUUGUAAUAAACAUUUAGUUUCAAUCGUGAACAAAUCCAACGUAAAAUGCAACACCAAAAAGAAGAUUACUUAAAUCUAUUCAGAGAAAACCUUGAGGAUGAAAGAAUUUAUACAGAGCUUCAGCUACCCUCCUGCUCUUCAAUUUCCAAUGAUGAAAGAUUAGUAGAAUGUCCGAAUAUUAUGGAUAAUUUUUCUCAACUAUCACCGCCAAGUCAUGAUAUUUCACCUAAGCCUUAUCAUUUAAGUUUUGAGGAUCAAAAUAUUUUAAAAGAUAUGUUGUUAGGUUGGAACAUGGAAUAUUUGUAUGAAACUUGCUUAGCUGAAUGUAUUGAUGUCGAGGCGUUACAAUCUAUAAGUACUAUUGAAGUUGAGCAGCUUUUAUCAAAGUAUCCAAUGGGGGUGAAAAUAAAAUUUAAGAAAAAUCUCAAGCAAUUGCAAAACAAACCAGAAGAGGUUACUGUUGAUGUAAGGAAUACAUCAACUGUAUCCACUUUAUCAUUUUCCAACUUACCAGUACAAUCAAUUUGCCAUAUAUCUCCACAAUUUUCUUUACAUGAUGUCCUUAGUAAUAGUUCUCAUGGGGUAAUGAUAACAAACUACUACAAGUCAAAUAAAAGUUUAAAUGAGUCAUGUCGCAGUUUAAUGAUUGACUUAAUAAUAUCGAGUCUCAUUGAACAAUCUAUCUCUAUGUCUGUUGGUCUGGCAGAUACUAUAGCAAAGACAAUUGUUGAAACUUUUACAACUGAAUUGAAGGAAACAUAUUUUGUUAGAGAUACAGACAAUAAAGCGCCAAAAGGGAAACUGUAUGCAAAAUAUUUCAACAAAAUAAGAAGUUUGAAAAACCAUGGGCUAGUGUCUCAGGGCCCAUUAAAAAAACGUAAGCUUGAGAAAAAUAGUCUCACCCGGAUAUCUGCAGCAUUCAAUGAUGAAUUAGUGGUUGAAGAAGAUCCUGAAAGAUAUAUAAGUCAGUUGAACCAUGAUGAAUUAUCAUGGCCUGAUAUAGAAAUAAUUUGGAAAAAAACUGCAGUGUACAGGCUAAAAUCAUUAAAAAUGUCGGCUACUGAUUUACACAAUACAUGGCCUCACUACAAGAAGCCACUUGGAUAUAAACUUGUUGACAUUGAUUUUCAGUGUCUUCAAAAGGAAGCAUCAAAUAUGCUAAACAUUUUUGAUGACACCAAACUAAAAGUUAUUCAAGUACUGAAUCAACGGCUGAAAGAUCCUUCAAAUAAGAAGUUAUACAAUUAUCUGAUUGACAACAGUCAAGUAACUGAAAGUUCUAAAAGUUGUAUAAUAUUGUAUCUCCUACAUGCAAUUUUAAUACCAACAAACAAAAAGUCAUCCACCGACACACAAGGGAAAAAAACCAUAGUAAAAUAUUCAAUCCAAGAUUCGCAGAACAGUUUUAUGAUGAUAGCGCCAACUGCAGUAGAGGUUGAAGAAAUGAUCAAGCGAAAAUAUAAUGUUGGCGAUACCAUACAACCAUGUAUUAUAAUUAUAGGAACAAUUAGGGAACCACUGGAAGUAUUGGUUUUUUUUGAUAGUAUUAAAUACAAAGUUUUUUCCCCUAUUAAAGCACUAGACAUUUGUUUCAAAAUUUUCCAUGUCUUCAAUAUAGAAUAUCCAAUUGAAUCUAUAAAUGUAUGGCUAUUUGUUCAAAAAUUAUACUAUAAUAUUGUUAACAAAUAUGACAAACCUUGUCCUUUGGUUAAUCAAAUUGUUAGUGAAAUUAAAUUUUGAUAAAUUGUUUGAUUUUUAAAAUAAAAUUAUUUUUAGUCUUAAAAAUAUCUUAUUUUUUCAU